AUGUCUGAGGCAGAUAUCCAGGAAGAGUUCCACGACGCUCAAGAAGAAGCUACCAUCGAAGUGCAAAAAGAUCUUGUUGCUGAAAUCGACCAAGAAAACAGCAACCUUCCUGCCGAAGAGGGCGAUGCGUUGGUAACCGCGGAAGCCGACGAUGAGAAUAGUGCUCAACAGGUCGACGAGGAUCGUACCGAAGAUCAGGUCCCCGAUAUUACUGGAACGGAGUUCGUGGACCCAAUGACGACAAGCAUGGAUGGAAUCGAAGAGCUUCCAGCGAACGAGGAAACUCAGUUUGGCGACGCAAUCUUGGAAGAAGAUGAGCUACCGGACCAACUCGAAUCCUGUGAUUAUCAGGAGCCCAAAUCGGAUUUGUACUCAUUGGAAAUAAUUGAUGAGGAAAUUAUUGAAGAGGAAUUUAAGGAAAACGACGAUCAAACUGAGGAGUCUGCUCCAGCUGAGGAACCUGCCCCAGAAGAUUCUCCAAAGGAAGAAGAACCAGCUUCUGAGCCACCAGCAGAGGAAGCUCCAGCUGAGGCUGCACCAGCUGCAGAAGAAGAAGCUGCCCUUCCAGCUGAAGAAGUUUCGGCUGCUCAAGAGGCUGCUCCAACAGAGGAAGCUGCUCCAGAGGCAGAUCAGUCUGCUCCAGCCGAAGAAGCUCCUGCUACUGAGCCAGCAGCAGAAGAGGUGGCUCCGCCAACAGAAGAAACUGCACCACCAGCUGAGGAAGCGGCUGCUCCACCAGCGGAAGAAGCUCCACCUGCGGAACCGGCCGCAGAAGAACCCACUCCAGCUGAUGAGGCUCCAGUAGCUGAAGAGCCAGUUGUUGAAAAACAGGAAUUCGAACUUCAAGCUCCACCAGAGGGAAAACGACCAAGAACUCCAAAUGAGCUUGACAAUCCGCCAGCAACUGAAGCAGCUCAGCAGAUCAUUGAACCAGAAGCUGAAGUUCCAGCUACUCCAACAUCGGCUAAACAAUCCGUCCCAGCUACACCAAAAUCAGCUGCGCCAAGCGAGGUUCCAGCUACACCAAAAUCAGCUGCGCCAAGCGAGGUUCCAGCUACUCCAAAAUCAGCUGCGCCAAGCGAGGUUCCAGCUACUCCAAAGUCUGCUGCGCCAAGCGAGGUUCCAGCUACUCCAAAGUCUGCUGCGCCAAGCGAUGUUCCAGCUACUCCGAAGUCUGCUGCACCAAGUGAAGUUCCACCAACGCCAAAAUCCGCGGCUCCAAGCGAAGUAGUAGCUAGUCCAAAACUCGCUAAUGGAAGCAUUCCUGGAACUCCAUCAGUGACGGCAGGAAGCACCAAGGUUACUCCAGCCGCUACACCAGCAGCUACUGCAACUCCAGCUGCUACAGCUACUCCAAAAACGGAGACUGCUUUUAACUUCGAAGAAACUCCAGCAACUCCAAAAACAAGCGUUCCAGCAACGCCCAAAGAGGAUUUGCUGACACCAGCUCCGAAAACUCCACGCACCCCUAAGACUCCACGAACUCCCCGUACUCCAAAAACUCCAAAAACUCCAAAAACCCCUGCAGCUGCUGUCGAGCCAGAACCGGAGCCGGAACCAGUUGCUGAACCUGAGCCAGAACCGGAAGCUAAGUCUGAGCCGGAGCCAGUUGCUGAGGCAGUAACGGAACCAGCCGCUGAGACAGAGCCGGAACCAGAGGCUCAACCAGAGCCAGAACCAGAUACUCAGCCUGAGUCAGAACCGGCUGCCGAGCCGGAACCGGAACCGGUUGCAGAAGAAACUGCUCCCGCUGCUGAGCCACAAGAGUCGGCUCCAACUUCAGAAGAGUCUAUCGCAAAAACCGAAAUCGCCCUCAAUCAAUCGGAGCCACCAGCGCGUGAAUCAUCGGGAUCUCCUCCACCACGUCGGCGUGUUCAGUCACCAAGCCCUGAACGCAAGCGAACUUCUCGUCAUGCCGAUCGUGACAUUACUACAUACGAUGAGGACUCCUAUAGAACUGUUCCUCCGCCAAGAAUGCCAACUGCUACUUCGUUUUCGUCGUGGAGUCCUCCAGACAAGCAAAGCUACACUCCAAUCAGCCCAUUCGUUAGCGCUGCCAACAAAUACCGUAAUGAAUACACCUCUUCCACUUCCUACAGACCGAGCAACAUCUACACUUCUCAUUUUGAUGAUAUUGUUAGCACUGGAGCCUUCUCAUCAGCCUUGUAUUCCACCACACGUCUCAUUGAAAGAUCCCGCAGCCGUACUCGUGAGCGCAAGCAAGCCAUGCGUUCGCAACGAUCUGCUUCCAAUUAUUAUAGAUAUAUUUCCCAAUACCCAGCACCAACUCGUGCUCGCGAAUACUCUACCCCACCAACUCGUGCCGUCAGCAGACCACCAAGCCGUCAAUCCUCCUUCAUUUCGUUCCUGGACUACUCCGAUGCUAAACAAGGAGAGCUCUCUAGAACAAAUUCCCGCAGCUCUGUUUAUGAUUCGCUCUCAAGAAGCGGAUCGCGCUCGAAUGUUGAUUUGUAUGUGGGCGGUGGCCGUCUUUCCCGCGUUGAUAGCUAUGUUAGAGAUAUCCACACUCCAUACGAAUAUGAGGUUCCCUCGACGUACGAAAGAUACAGAUCGGUUUCCCGAGAUCCCUACUCGACUAUUAACGGCUACACCAAAAGGAUAUUCAGACAACAGUUUGAUUUUUCAUAUACGUCUUCUCCAUCAUACAUUGAAACUGAAUCGACUCGUCGAAUGAAACGAUACCAAAGAGAUACUAGCCCAGCAAUGGUUCGCAGCAUGUAUGAGGGACGUAUUGGUCAGCUUGAAAGAUCGCUUUCGAGAGAAAUUAUUCAGAAAGAUAGACUUCGUUCCGAAUACCAGCAGUUGUCGUCGAAGCUUGACCAAGCUUGCCGUCAAAUGGAAUUGCUCAGCCCGUAUACACCUCCCAAUAUGGAAGAGCAGCGGCUGAUAAAUCGUCCCAAUAUUCAGCGAUCCAUAGCUUAUUCUCUGGAUUUACGCGCGACUGGUCUGCCUACAACUGAACGAUGGCGCCUUGGUAACGUAGUGUAUGGCGGUCUUUAUAAGAAAAAGUACGAUGCUGAUAUUGAAAAAGCUGUAAAAUUUUAUAGUUCAUGUGCCAAACAACGUAAAUAUCUUUAA